AUGGUCUGUUACUUCAGCAUAGAUCUUGGCCAAUUAAAAACAAGUCCAGGAUUUAUCAGUGAGUGGCUACUCCAGGGGGAAGUUGGAGGUUUGAAUACAGAGAACAGCUACAAUUAUAAAAAGUUUACAUUAGAUGUUACUGUUAGAGAUUGCUCUUUGGAGAGUUCAGCCACAACCUACAGGGAGCUUCCCUCUGUUACACCAGAUUAUAAAAAUGGGUCUCCCAAUACAAGAGCAGGAAAUGGAUUUGCUGGUGCAGGUGAUUCAAUUAUGAUCAUAUGUGUCAGUUAUUUCAGGUCAUUAAAGUUUUCAUCCAAAUCCAACCAGUGGAAGGCACUGAACAGGAUCCCUGUGUCAAAGUUCUAUCAGGCGUACACCAACGGGAGGUCUGACCAGGACCUCAACCCGUUAAAUUCCGACACAGCUAACGAUGUGGGUCUACAGAACCAGACCCCGGUCACCUAUUUCAUUAUUAAGGGGAUUUCCGAUGUCCCGGAGCUCCAGGCCUUGGUCUUCCUCGUUGUCCUGGCCAUCUAUCUUAUCACAGUGAGUGGAAACUCAACUAUUCUACUGCUGGUCUGCCUGGACCCUCACCUACACACUCCCAUGUACUUCUUUCUGGGCAACUUGUCCUUUCUUGAUGUGUUCUGCCUGACGAUCACAUUACAUAAAAUACUUUUAUCUUACAUGAUGGGAGAUAAAACUGUUUCCUUCAUCAACUGUAUGUCACAACUGUACCUCUUUUCCUCCCUGACCUGCAAUGAGCUGUUGCUACUGACUGCCAUGAGCUACGACCGGUACGUGGCUAUAUGCAACCCUUUCCACUACCACGCGGUUAUGAACAGACAAAUCUGCAUUCUCUUGGCUUCAGUCUGCUGGAUCCUAGGCUUUGUAGAAGUUAUACCGCACAUGUGGGCCAUAUCACGCUUUUCAUGCUACAAGUCCAAUGAGAUAAACCACUACUUUUGUGACAUUUUGCCAAUCAUGAAACUGUCCUGCAGUGACACCACUCUACUGAAGCUUAUUAUUUUUGUUGAGGGGCUUUUACUUGUCAGCUUUACCCCCUUCCUUCUUACCUUCAUCUCCUACGUCUUCAUUAUUGCCACCAUCCUGAGGAUCCGUUCCAGCUUUGGAAGACGUAAGGCCUUCUACACGUGUUCCUCACACCUCACGGUCGUGAUCCUUCUCUACAUGAGCCUGGUCUGCCAGUAUCUCAGGCCAAGCUCCACAGACACCUUGAAUUCCAACAAGCUCUUCUCCUUAUUUAACACAGCUGCCGUCCCUGUCCUAAAUCCAUUUAUCUACAGCUUGAAAAACAAAGACGUGAAGUCAGCAGUGAGAAGGCAGCUGAAAUGGCUAAUGUCAGUAUAAACUAGGUGUUACAGGUUUUAUUCCAAAG